AUGGGGACGACCAGGAAGGUUAUCGCUGUACUUGGCCCAGGCCGUGCGGAGCUUGUUGAUCGGCCUCUGCCGGCGGUGCGAGACAGGUUUAUGUUGGUCAAACCGGUCGCGAUUGCGUUGAAUCCGACAGACUGGAAACACGUUGACGUUGGUGUCGUUGGUGCAGUCGUUGGAUGCGAUUAUGCCGGCAUCGUUGAAGCUAUAGGAAAGGGAGUUAGGAAGAAGUUCAAGAAGGGCGAUAGGGUCUACGGCGUCGUCCACGGAUGCAACAGGCAAGAGUUAGACGACGGGGCGUUUGCCGACUACAUCCUUGCCAAAGGAGAUGUCCAGUCCCGUAUUCCAGACAAUCUAUCCUUUGAAGAAGCCGCCACGCUUGGUGUAGGCAUCAUCACGGUCUGUCAAGGGCUCUAUCUCGGUCUCGGACUAGACCUUCCCACCUCUCCUAGCUUCAAAAGGACGCCGGUGCUGAUAUACGGCGGAAGCACUGCGACUGGUUCCCUGGGCAUCCAAUUUGCAAAACUGUCAGGUUUUGCCCCAAUCGCAGUCUGUUCUCCACGGAACUUUGAAUUCGUCAAAAACCUAGGCGCCGUGGCAGCGUUCGACUACCACGACUUGGACUGUGGCUCAAAGAUCCGUGAAUUUACCGGCAAUAAAUUAAAACUGGCUUGGGACACCAUCUCGCUCCCUGUCAGCGCCCGCAUAUGUGCUCACGCCCUUUCCAGCGGACCCGGAGGUAGAUACUUCGCUCUCCUCCCAGAACCCUGUCCGCGAGAUGACGUCGAAUCCAGCUACACCAUGGCCUACUACAUGUUUGGCGAGAAAGUUCAGAUGUCAGAGAACGGGCCGGUGAUACCUCCCGACCACUCCGGCUUUCGAUAUGCAAAAGAGUUCGUGUCCAUGGCAAACCAGCUGCUGGCGGACGGAAAGAUCAAGGUACACCCACAGCAAGUGUGCGGCCGUGGGCUUGCGGGAGCAGUCGAGGGACUCCAGAUGAUGCGCGAGGGCAAAGUGACAAGGAGCAAGCUGGUGUAUCGGGUGGCGGAGACUCCCGGCCUAGAACAUGAAGAAAAUGAAGAUAUGAGGUGA